AUGUCAUCCCGGGAGCAGCUGGUGCAGCACGUGCUCCAGGAGCUGCAGGAAGCCGUGGAGUGUGAGGGCCUGGAGGGGCUGGUCAGCGCCGCCCUGGAGGCCAAGCAGGUCCUGUCUUCCUUCACCCUGCCCAUCUGCCAGGUGGGGGGCCCCGGCCUCCAGGUCCUGGAGGUGGACUCGGUGGCCCUGAGCCUGUACCCAGAGGAUGCCCCCCCGAACAUGCUGCCGCUGGUGUGCGAGGGGGAGGGCAGCCUGCUGUUCGAGGCGGCCAGCAUGCUGCUGUGGGGCGACGCGGGGCUGAGCCUGGAGCUGCGGGCGCGCACCGUGGUGGAGAUGCUGCUGCACAGGCACUACUACCUGCAGGGCAUGAUCGACUCCAAGGUGAUGCUGCAGGCCGUGCGCUACUCGCUGUGCUCGGAGGAGGCCCCCGAGAUGAGCAGCCUGCCCUCGACCACGCUGGAGGCCAUUUUCGACGCCGACGUCAAAGCCAGCUGCUUCCCCAGCAGCUUCUCCAACAUGUGGCACCUGUACGCCCUCGCCUCCGUCCUGCAGCGCAACAUCUACUCCAUCUACCCGCGGCGCAACCUCAAGAUCCGACCCUACUUCAACCGGGUCAUCCGGCCCCGGCGCUGCGACCACACGCCGGCCACGCUGCACAUCAUGUGGGCCGGCCGGCCGCUGGGGAGCCACCUGUUCCGCCACCAGUACUUCGCGCCGGUGGUGGGGCUGGAGGAGGUGGAGGCUGAGGAGGCGGUGGACACCCCGCCCGGCCGGACGCUGGAGCUGCAGAACCGAGAGGCCGGCCUGCGCUGCUCCCGCCUCUGCCAGCGCUACAGUGUCACCAAGAGCACCUUCUACCGCUGGCGGCGCCAGUCCCCCAAGCACCUGCAGAAGGUGGCCACCCGCUUCUCCGCCAAGUAUUUCCUGCAGGACAGCUUCCACCGGGGGGGCUUGGUGCCGCUGCAGCAGUUCCUGCAGAGGUUCCCGGACAUCUCCCGCUCCACCUACUACGCCUGGAAGCACGAGCUGCUGGGCAACGGCGCCUGCCAGGCCCUGGCCCCCAAGGAGGCACUGGCCACCGAGCAGCCGGACAAGGUGUCACAGGAGCGGGGGGCCCGGGAGCCGGGGGGCCCCUCGCCGGCUGUGUCAAACCCCGGGAUGCUUCUGAUGCAGCGGGCCAAGCUGUACCUGGAGCACUGCAUCUCCCUGAACACGCUGGUGCCCUACCGCUGCUUCAAACGGCGCUUCCCUGGCAUCUCCCGCUCCACCUACUAUAACUGGCGCCGCAAGGCCCUCCGAACGAACCCCAACUUCAAGCCAGCCACAGGCUCCUUAGAGACUGGGACCCCCCAACCGGCCUCUGCCGCAGAAGAGGCCUUGCCCCCUUGGAAUGGGGAGGCAGCAGAGGGGGCAGAGGAAGACACUGGUGGGGAAGCACCCACUCCCCCCCGGGCCCUCCUGCCCCCCCGGAUCCCCCUGUGUCGAUGGCAGAGGCGUCUCCGCAGGGCUGCUCGAAAGCAGGUGCAAAAAGGUAACCUCCCCUUCUGUCGAUUCCGCCUCCGGUACCCCAGCCUCUUACCCUCGACCUUUUGGGUCUGGAAGAGUCUUGCCCGAGGCUGGCCUAGAAACCGGUCCAAGCUCAAGAAGCAGCCUCUCACCCUGGGCCAAGAAGGGGUGCAGGAGCCAGAGGAGAAGCAGGGGAAAGUGGCCGGCAACAUGACAGCCACCACAGCCCCACCCGAGGAGUCCCUGCAGGUGGCGACUUCCCCGGGAGAGAAACCAGGGAGGCCCCUGGGAGAGCCUUCUGGAGAGGGGGUCCUGCUAGGGGAGACCUCAGCCCAGCCCCCAGGGGAGGGCUGGUCCCCUAGUGGGUCUCUGCCCAACCCUCCUGUGGUGGCAGUGGCAACGGCAGGUACGGCAGGUGUCAGGGACAGCCAGGUGCUGAUGAUGGACAUGCUCACCUCCACGAAGUUCAAGGCCCAGGCCAAGCUGUUCCUGCAGAAGCGUUUCCAGUCCAAGUGCUUCCCCUCCUAUAAAGAGUUCAGUGCCCUCUUUCCCCUCACUGCCCGCUCCACCUACUACAUGUGGAAACGAGCCCUCUAUGACGGCCUCACCCUGGUGGAUGGCUGACGGCUGUGUGAGAGAGAGGGCCUGGGGAGGAAGGCUCAGGCUCCUGACAUUCCCCCUGACAUGGUACCCUUCGCCCCAGCUCCCACAAUGCCUGCCCUGAAUCAGAUGGCAGAUUUGUGUUUCCUGCCUCCAGGGCAGAAAGAGCCAGAAAGAACAGAGAUGCAGAGAUGUUCUCAUCAGUUGUUUACCAUUCUUUUCUUUUUCUCCCCCCCCCACACUUUUUUUUUCUCCACGUGCUGGAGAUCAGUCCUGGGACCUCACUCAAUGCAAGUGCAGAAGUAUGCUACUACUGCUGAGACGUUCUGGCCACAUUUGUGCUUUCAUUACCGUGUCUUGGCUUUAGUUUUGAUUGUUAUUAUUUUUUUAAUUUAAGUGGGUCGACUGGGCCCUCUUGCUGCCUCUAGAAGUUACCAUUGCUUUUGGGGGGGCGGUGGUAUGGAGGAAGAAUGGUUAGCUAAAGCUGCUUCUGCAGCUGCUCCCAGGGACAAAAGGAGUAUUGUGCUUUGACCAUCUGUCCCACUGGGCAGAAUGCAAGUCUUUCUCUUUCCUUCUGGGGAUUGGCACUCACUCAAAAAUGUUUUCCAAAGGAACAUUAAGAAUGUGAUGUGCAGAGCUGUGUGGCUUCUGUGCGGCACUCCCGAGGGAAAGGGUGCCGGCUCACCUUGUG